UCGUAUUAAAGUUUGGAUACAUGUUGCCGAUGCAGCUAGCUUAGUUCAACCUGGGAGCAUAAUUGACAGAGAGGCCAUGAAAAGAGGAACUUCUGUUUUCUUGCCCACUGCCACUUAUCCUAUGUUUCCUGAGAAACUUGCUAUGGACGGAAUGAGCUUGAAGCAAGGAAAGCUGUGCAAAGCUGUUACUGUGUCUGUUGUGUUGCAUUCUGAUGGCAGUAUUGCAGAAUACACAGUGGUUAAUUCUGUUAUUAAACCUACCUAUAUGCUCACAUAUGAGAGUGCAUCUGAGCUACUAUAUCUUAACUUAGAAGAGGAAGCUGAAUUGAGAAUUCUGUCUGAGGCUGCAGCUCUCCGGUUGCAAUGGCGUCGUCAACAGGGCGCAAUUGACACGACCACAAUAGAAACCCGAAUCAAGGUGAUUAAUCCAGAUAAUCCGGAGCCAUCGAUCAAUCUAUAUGUUGAAAACCAGGCCGAACCUGCGAUGCGACUUGUCACUGAGAUGAUGAUACUCUGCGGGGAAGCUGUAGCCACUUAUGGUUCUUCUAAUAGCAUUCCAUUACCCUUCAGAGGACAACCCCAAUCAAAUAUUGAUGUGUCUGCAUUCACCCAUCUGCCUGAAGGACCUGUCAGGAGCUCGGCUAUUGUUAAAAUAAUGCGUGCAGCUGAGAUGGAUUUCAGGAAUCCUAUACGCCAUGGAGUUUUGGGGCUUCCUGGUUAUGUUCAAUUUACAUCUCCCAUCCGGAGAUAUAUGGAUCUUCUUGCUCAUUAUCAGGUGAAGGCCUUUCUUAGAGGCGAUUCUCCACCGUUUUCAGCUGGCCAGCUUGAAGGGAUGGCCUCACUAAUCAACAUGAAUGUUAGAUUAGUAAGGAGGGUCUGCAACUGUAGUCUUCGGUAUUGGAUAAUAGAGUACUUGAGAAGGCAAACAAAAGGGACAAGAUUUCGUGCUUUGAUUCUUAGAUUCAUCAAAGAUAGGAUUGCAGCCUUAUUGUUAGUGGAGGGAUGUACCAGAUUGGUCCAACCAGUUGAAAGGAGACCAUUGGCAUUGAGAAACUAUCAUAGUCACGAAACUCUGAAACCAAUGUGUCAGAGGUUUCUCGAAACAUACAUUACCAGGCCAAACCAAACCAAACCAAACCAAACCAAAAAGCCUUGUGUCCCAAUCAAGUGGGGUCGGCUACAUACAAGUAGGAAUUCAAGCUUCUGCAUGUGUUUCUGUUGGAGUGCAGAUUGGUGAUGAAGUGGAAGUUCAGGUGGAAGAAGCUCAUCCACGUGAUGACGUUCUCUCUCUUAAGGAGGUUGUUCAAGCCUAAUAAAGAUAGAGCUAAACAUCAGACAAGAUACUUUUGACUCCAUGCUGCAAAGAUUUCUUCAACGAACCCUAAUCAGUUUCUCUUACAACCCGUUUGGAUUGGGUGAUCUGUAGAGAAAACAAAAGAAAAGGUACUCUCCUCUCGAAUUCUCUUUUUGGAUAGCUUAAUGGGAGAGAAAUGGGGAGAAAUUGAGAAAGAGUAUUAUCUGGACGCACACCUUUUGAAUCUCUCCAAAAUUGGAGAGAUUGGGAGAGAGAUGUAUGCAUAUUGUUUCAAAUUGCAAUUUUUGCGAACGUGAUUGGAAUGCUGAUAGUCCAAUUGGCAGUGAUUGUUCAUUCCUGAGAUGCGAUGUGGUUGUGUAGAUUUGAAAUCUUUCAUCUGACACGAGUGGAUGAGUCUUUGGGCCAUCUACUUUUUUUUUUUUUGUGGGUUUGGGGGCAUGUCAAACAUUUUUAUUUUAUUUUAUUUUGUAACAGGAAACACAAUUCAUUGGAUUCUCAUGUUUGUUGCCACUUGUAGAUGUAUUUGGCAUAGAAAAAAAAAUCCGUUUUCUGCCCUAAUUUGUAUGUUUGGAGUUAAUAAUGAUAUUCAUAUAUCUCACGAUUGUUUUGAACCUA